AUGACAUCCAUACGCCUCGCGGCCCGCCGCCCUAUCUUCCGGUGUCUCAAUGCACCCGCAAGCCGUCCACAGCUUCGCCGUGUUGCCCAACAGUCGAAGCCUCAGCGAGAACACCUCUCAGACCUCGAAUAUGUCUCCGUGCACCGCGCCGAGGCAAUGCGCCGGGCCCAGCUUAUACGGAGGCGGAACUGGCUUGCAUUGGGUGCCGCAUUGUCAAUGAUUGCGCCUAUCAUCCUGGUGCGAUUCUGGGAACUGCCACCAGAUGAGGAGAAUGAGGACGCACAGAAAGAGAAAGAAGAAGAAACCAAGAGCAGGGGCGUCCUGGAUCUUAUUACCCCAAAACCAACACAAACAGACUCUCCCCGCGCAGCAAGCGAAGAAUUCCAGGGCAAGAAGGUUGUGAUAGCUCCGGGAGACAAAGUCAUUGCAGCGCCUGCAGACGCCGAGCAUCCCACGGCCUCAGACGUAGACACGAUAGAACUGAUCGAGACAGGCACAUCAUACGUGCCUUAUUUCCCCAAGACAAUCAGCCUACCUGUUCCCACCGGCCCUGAAGCAAUAGAAAGCCAAGCAGAGUAUCAAUUACUAGGCCUGGGCAUCCGGAAAGUUUCGUUCCUGCGAGUGCAGGUCUACGUCGUUGGUCUGUACGUGCGCAGCUCAGACAUACAUAUCCUACAAAACCACCUUAUCAACACCGUUAACCCCACCGCAUCUGCCUUGAUUCCUGGCGAAAAGGAAGAUCUGAGAAAGGCACUGCUUGAUCCUGAGAAGAGCACGCAAAUCUGGGACGCAAUACUAGCGAGGAAGGGCGUCGACGGCAUCGACAUGGCGUUCCGCGUCGUGCCCACUCGUGGCACAGACUUCAACCAUCUGAGAGACGGGUGGAUGCGCGGAAUCGCCUCUCGCACUGAUGAAGUGCGAAAGAGACAAGCCGAUCUUCUCCGCCAACAAGCUACUGAAAACAAGCAAAUUUCGCUGCCGAAGCCGGUUGACGAGGGCGAAUUUGGGGAUGAGAGUUUUGGACUUGCGAUGAAGGAGUUCAAGGGCCUCUUCCAAGGAAAAGGCAAAGCGCCCAAGGGCAGUGUCUUGAUACUGACGCGCGGUAAAGAUGGCGAGUUUGGUGCAUGGUACCAGCCUACCAUUAACACGAACAAGGGGGAGAAGAUGGGUGAGACGACCAAGCUGGGAAGCGUGCGGGAUGAGAGAGUCAGCAAGCUCGUCUGGCAACUCUACCUCAGCGGCCAGAACGUAAGCUCCGAAGAGGCGAGGAAAAAUAUCGUGAAUGGAUGCAUUGCUAUUACGGAGCGGCCGGUUGGGACAGUUGAGGGCAGGGUGUUGUAA